AUGUAUCUUUUAUUCGAAUCUCCUGCGGGCUAUGCGCUUUUCCAGUGCGAUGAGUCCAAAGCGACUACUCCAGAUGCCAUUAAUGCUCUUUUCAGCCAACCUUCGGCAAACAAGCAUCCAAUCUCUUUGAAGGCAUUUUCCAAAUUUGAGAGCACAGCCGAUGCACUUUCUGAAGCAUCGCAAUUAAUGGAAGGCUCUCUCCCAGAAUCUCUCAAAAAGUUCCUCAAAAAGGAAGUAAAAAAAUCCUCCUCUGUAACUCUUGGAGUUGCAGACACCAAACUAGGUAAAGCAAUUGCAAAAAAACUGGAAAUCUCGGUCUCCACUGACUCUGCCGUUGUUGGAGAGUGGACACGAGGUGCAAGGUCUCUGCUUCCGAAAUUACUUUCAGAUGAGUCUUCUUCGGCUCUGGGAACGAUGGCCCUAGGUCUAGCCCACUCCCUCUCACGUUUCAAGCUCAAAUUCUCUUCAGAUCGCCUUGACUCGAUGGUGGUGCAGGCAAUCGCUCUUUUGGACGAUCUUGAUAAGGAACUCAAUACAUACACAAUGCGAAUGCGCGAGUGGUAUGGCUGGCAUUUUCCCGAGUUAACGACAGUGCUCACAGAUUCGCUCGCCUAUGCCAAGAUGAUUAAGGUCAUGGGGCGACGAAAUGGAGCCGCCACCGUUGAUCUUAGCGCAAUUUUACCAGAAGAUCUGGAGGCUCGAAUUAGAGUGCUUGCUGAUCUUUCCAUGGGUACAGAGCUGACAGAUGACGAUCUAGCGCAUAUCCAAAGUCUUGCGGAUCAGGUCAUUUCUCUGUCAGAAUAUCGCACAGAGCUUGCACAGUAUCUCAGGGUACGGAUGGAAGCCAUUGCGCCAAACUUGACUGCCCUUUUGGGGGAGCUAGUUGGAGCACGCCUAAUUGCACACUCAGGUACUCUAAUAUCAUUGGCCAAGCAACCUGCAUCUACCAUUCAGCUUCUGGGCGCCGAAAAGGCGCUAUUUAGAGCGCUUAAGAGUCGUUCUCCAACACCAAAAUAUGGCCUUCUCUUCCAUACCUCUCUAGUGGGCCAGGCAGGCGCACGUAUCAAGGGUAAGAUCGCUAGAGUACUUGCCGCUAAGGCUGCUCUCUCUGUUCGCAUUGAUGCGCUUGCGCGUGAUGAUAUGUCUGCACAAGAGCCCGCAAUGCAAGAACCAGCGGACUCGACCUUUGGAACUUCCAGCCGUCUUUUUGUCGAAAAGCGGCUACGGACCCUUGAGCGUUCUACAACAUUGCCCUCGUCUGCAAAAAAGUAUACAUUUAUUAGUCCCGAAGAAAGUAAUUCGACUUCGUCGUACUCUACCAAGGCUGAUGUUGUUGUAUCUUCAAAGAGGAAACUUGUUGAAGAGAUCGAAGAAACCAAAGAGAAAAAAGAAGAAAACGAAAAGAAGGAGAAGAAAGAAAAAAAAGAGAAAAAAGCAAAGAAAAACAGAGGCUCUCCAGACACCGCCUCCAAAUAA